CAACAGUGCAGCUAGAAAGAACAGACCAUUUACUGUGCUGGUCAGUGUCAGUGAGUGCCAACGAGUUUUUGCCAGUGGAAGACGCGAAUCAAUUCUCCACGUGUGUCAAAUAUCCAAUUGGGGAAUUUGAAGAAAAAGAAGAAUUCCACGUGUUUGACUAAUGCGUAUUUAUCGCGUGAUGGUUUAUAUUAAUUUUUUGGGGCGGAAACAAUUGUAACGAAUCCGUUAUAAUGAAUAUGAUGAAACAAGAGACGCAUCGACCGGGUGCGCUCAAACAAUCUAAUAAAAAGCACAAAACUGGAAGGCAUCGUAGUAAAAGUGCCAUCAAUAACGACCUUAAAGGUAAACAGAAUAUUAUUGGAAAGUCAUCUAAACAUUUUGAGAAAAAUCUUGGGAGAGAUGCACGUCGAAAUCGAUUAUUGCAGUUUAGAAAGAUGAAACGUGAAGAAAUAUUGGCGCAGAAGAGAAAUCUCAGUAGCUUUUCUUCAGCACCUCUCCUUAUUUGCAUCAUACCGUUGCAAAGUGAUACAGAUGUAAAGAAUAUUUUAUCUGUUGUAACUAGUAUGGAUAAAACUACAAAUGUUGCUACCAGCCCAAGUGGAAUUGCGCACAUCAGUGUGCCAAGGCUGAAGCAACGGUUUUCCUUCAUUGUUCCACCAAUAGGUGAUGUGUUGGCGACAUUAGAUGCAGCCAAAGUUGCUACCACUAUACUUUUUGUCACUUGUGUCGCUACUGAAGCAAACAAUGAUAUGCAAAGAGAAGUUAUAGAUGCAUGGGGUAAGGAAAUUAUUACGUCUUGCCUUGCCCAAGGUUUAUCGUCUACUAUAGUUGCGGUACACAAUAUUCAAAGACUUCAUAUUAAAAAACGUCAGGAGUAUAAACAAUCUGUGCAACGUACAAUUUCAAAAUGGCUUCCUGAAGAUAAAGUGUUUGAAUUGGACACAGUGGCCGAUUGUUUAAAUGUGUUACGCCGUGCUGGAUCACAAAAGCAAAAAAGUUUGUUUUACAAAGAUAUAAGACCAUACCUUUUGGCUGAGGAAAUCUCCUUUGAAUGUGAGAAGGAGUCUCUUGAUUUUGGAACUCUUAUGGUCAGUGGAUACUUACGAGGCACAGCACCGUUAUCUGUCAAUGAUUUGGUUCACAUACCAGGUUUUGGAAACUUUAAAAUGUCGCGCAUCGCAAUAUCAAGAGAUCCGUAUUUAAUUGAACAUGAACGAAAGAAAUGUGUUUCUGAUGAUAAGAUGAGAACGGAAUCGAGAAAUAAAGUCGAGAAAACCGUCCUAAUGAUUGCAGAUCCAGAGAAGCAGGAAUCUCUUGAAAGCGAAUAUAUUCCUGAUCCAAUGGAUGCUGAGCAAACAUGGCCUACGAAAGAGGAAUUGGCUGAAGCAGCGAGUAAUAGAAAUCGAAAAAUUGUAAAAGUUGUACCAAAAGGAACCUCUGAAUACCAAGCUGCAUGGAUACCAGAUGAAGAUGGAGAAAGCCUGAGUGUAUAUUCGGAGAAUGAAUUGGAAGACCACAUGUCUGUGGAGGAGGCGAGAUCUGAAACAGCCAGUAGUGAAAACUUGCAAGAUGACGAACAAUAUGAAACUAUUACAAUAUCGGAAGCACCACUGGAUGAGUGUUACGAUCGAGAUAUUGACAUGUUUGAAGAAAAGCAAGCUAUGGAAAAUUUCAAAGAAGAAAAAAUGAACGCGCAGUUUCCCGAUGAAGUGGAUACACCUCAGAAUAUUUUAGCUAAAACGAGAUUCCAAAAAUAUCGUGGUCUUGAAUCAUUCCGUACUAGUCCAUGGGAUCCAAAGGAAAAUCUUCCCUUUGAUUAUUCUCGGAUAAUUGAAUUUGCCGAUUACGAUUGUAGACGAAAACAUAUUUAUAAAGAACGUAAAGAUAUCGACGGUGUAUCGCCAGGGUGUUACAUACAAGUUUAUAUCACCCGUGUUAACAAAGAAACUUUCAAGACAUUUGCCAUGAUAGAAAAUAAACCGUUAGUAGUAGUCGCAUUACUUCCAUACGAAAAUAAAAUGUCUCUUUUGAACAUUGUGUUGAAACAUUCGAGCAACUACACGCAGCCAAUCAAGUCGAAAGAAAGAUUGAUAUUUCAAUGUGGAUUUCGACGAUUUACGUCAUGUCCAAUAUUCAGUCAGCAUACAAAUGGAGUUAAACAUAAGUACGAGAGAUACUUUUAUCCCGAGAGUAUUGUCGUGGCGAGUAUGUAUGCACCGGUUACUUUUUCACCAUGUCCAGUCCUUUGUUACAUCGAAAGUAAAAGUGGCAAGCUCGAAUUAAUUGCGUCUGGUAGCGUGUUAUCUUGUAAUCCCAACAGAAUUGUCCUGAAACGAGUCGUUUUGAGUGGUCAUCCGUAUAAAGUAAAUAAGAGAUCUGUGGUAGUGCGUUUCAUGUUCUUUCACCGUGAAGAUAUUGAGUGGUUCAAGCCGAUUCAAUUGAGGACAAAAUAUGGACGUAGAGGCCAUAUAAAGGAACCUCUUGGUACGCACGGGCACAUGAAAUGCAUCUUCAAUGGUCAGCUGAAGUCUCAAGAUACAGUAUUGAUGAAUUUGUACAAACGAGUUUUUCCAAAAUGGACCUACGAACCCAUCGAUUACAAAUAAAAAUUUGUUAAUGUUAAUAUUUGUAUCAUGGAUAAAACGUCCAUAAGUGAAGGAAAAUAAAACUGGAGGUACAAGACAAAUAUUAAACCAUCGAGAUGAUAGCGCGUAGAUCUGUAAUAAAUAGACUGAGCGCUUUUCAAACGUUCGAGCCGAUAUUCAUCAUCUAUUUGUAUUUCAAGAUCGCCUUAAGUAAUGUAUUAAGAUAUUAAUGUCGCUCUGCGAUUCGUUUGUAACAUCUCAAAUAAACUUAAAAUAAUCUUGAAUGUAAGAACUAUGAUAA